GCCAUCCACAGACGAAGAGCGCCACCACAGACAUGUUCCUCCAGAUUGUGACUAUAUUUGCCCUGCUGGCCAUCGCUAAUGGCGCAGUGACUCCCUUGGGCCUGGAACCUAACUUGCCGCAGGAUGGCAGAAUUGUGGGAGGCGUAGCCACGUCCAUUGCGGAUCAUCCAUGGCAGGUUUCCCUGCAGCGUAAUGGUGCCCAUUUCUGCGGCGGUUCUAUCAUCAGCAACAACAUCAUCGUAAGCGCCGCCCACUGCCUGAUUUCUCCGUCCACGGCCUCCAAUCUUCGGAUUAGAGCUGGCUCCAAUAACAGAAACUAUGGAGGCGUUCUCAUCCAGGUGGCUGCCAUUAAGGUCCAUGAGGGCUACAACACGGCAAGCAAGGUCAACGAUAUUGGAGUGGUGCGUCUGCAGUCGAUGCUGACCUUUGGCUCCACCAUCAGGGCCAUUGCGAUGGCCAGUGUGACACCAUCUCACGGAGUGGCGGCCAGCAUUUCGGGCUGGGGAAAGACCACUUAUGGCGGCUCCUCCUCAUCGACGCUGCUUUAUGUGGACACCAAAAUCGUUGGACGUACGCAAUGCGGCAGCUCCACCUAUGGAUAUGGUUCCUCGAUCAUGACGACCAUGAUAUGUGCGGCGGCGGCCGACAAGGAUGCGUGCCAGGGUGACUCUGGCGGACCUCUGGUAUCCGGGGGUCAGCUCGUCGGCAUCGUCUCCUGGGGAAAGGAGUGCGCUCUGGCCAAUUUUCCUGGCGUGUUUGCCAAUGUGGCCGAAUUGCGGAACUGGGUCCUUCAGGCCCAGAACACUGUCUAGCUUAAGUUAAGCACAAUAAAAACCAACUCGUAGUUGUAAAUGCA